AUGCUUCAAUUGGUUACGAACUUGGAUGUGCAGCGAGCAGUAACAUUGUUUGCUGUGGCUCUUGUGGUACGAGUACUUUUCAGGAAAUACUGGACACCCAUUAGAGACAUCCCCGGCCCGUUUUUCGCUUCAUUUUCAAGUAUUUGGCGGGUAUACCAUCUAUGCAAAGGCCACAGUGAAAAGGAGAUUCUCAAUUUGCACAGAAAACAUGGCCAUUUUAUUCGUAUCGCGGAUAAUGAAGUUAGCGGCACAUUCUACUCCGUUUUCAGUCUUCCAGACUACCGCUAUGUCAACCAGAUGUCUGAACUAGACCCCUUACGACAUAUCCAAAAGACUCGGAGCCUCUCCGCGGGCUUUUCCCUUUCCAACAUUUCGAAGACCGAGCCGUAUAUUGACAAUGUAUUGAGCAUUUUCAAGACCCGGUUCGACGAACUAACCGACUCCGUUGCCCCCGUCGAGUUUCAGAAGUGGUUCAGCUUCUUUGCUUUCGAUGUUCUUGGAGAAGUGACAUUCUCAAAGUCUUUCGGCUUUGUUCAAUCAGGCACUGAUAUUCGGAACGCGAUUGCAAACACUGGAUCAUUAGUCUACUAUAUCUCGAUAAUGGGUAACUAUAUCUGGUUUCACAACUUGACAUUGGGCAACCCUCUCUUUAGUCGACUUGGUCUACAGCCAAACUCGCACAUCUUCGAUACCUGCCUUUUAGCAGUCGAAAAUCGCAAUAACAAUCCCGAGGUACGCCAUGAUAUGAUGCAGCGCUGGCUUGACGUCCGUGCAAGCAACCCGGAUCGUCUUUCAGAAAGAGACAUAUUCGCCGCGGCUGUUGCAAAUAUUGGAGCCGGUGCGGAGACAUCACGUGGAGAGCUUUCUUUGCUGAUUCAGUACAGUGAGGCAGCAAAGUUGCCCUUCAUACAAGCAUGUCUAAAAGAGGCAUACCGAUUCCACCCAGGCGUCACCCACGAUCUUCCUCGAGUGGUGCCUAAAGGGGGAAUAACUAUUGCUGGAAGAUACUUUCCAGAGGGUGUUCUUUUGAGUGUCAAUCCUUGGGUCAUUCAUCGCGACCCUGCAAUUUUUGGACAGGACUGUGACACUUUCAAUCCUGAGCGCUGGCUUCAAGGCGAAACAAAAAGAAUGGAUACUUUCUUAAUUCACUGGGGAGCCGGAUACAACCAAUGUCCAGGUCGGAAUCUUGCUCAAUUCGAACUUUCAAAGGUUCUCGCGACUGUGCUACGAGACUACGAGAUUGAACAGAUAGAGCCACAGACAGAUUGGAGGUCCGAAACCCGCUUUCUCGCCGUUCCAUAUGGAUGGCCAUGCAGAAUUCUCAGGCGCCAAAAGAUAUGA